AGGUAUUUGUGUAGAACUCUCAUUUUAUCUUCGAGCAAACCAAGUUAAAACGGCAUUAUUUACUUUCCCUGUUCACCGUUCAUCGUCGCCGGUUUGUUCCCGUUCACUUUCCUGGAACUAAAACACACGCAACAGAACAAAAAAAGAGAAAAACCUUCCUCCUCCUCCUCCUUCUCUGUCUAAUUUUUGGACUGAUAUAUGGCGAGCUAUAAUCAGAAUCCACGACAAAUGGACAAAGAAACGGAGCUACUAUCACGCCUAGCGGUAAACCAUCUUCAUUUAGCUCAAUUCGAGCCACUAAGAGCUUCACUAUUAGCACUCCGAUCUAAAAACCCAGACCUAGCCCUAUCAAUUCUUCAAACAAUAGUAGCCAACGCAGGCCGCUUCGAUGACAUCCUAUGGUCACCUUCCUGUCCAUCGCCUUCUCUCCUUACCUAUCUAUCAACCCUAGAACUCUUACACUACACUGCUGACUCCACCUCACGUACAUGGAGCUUUGAUCCAGGUAUCUUGAAAUUGCGAGCGGAGUUUUUGUUAUUAAUUCAAAUGCUGUGCGAUGUCGUAACUGAGGGAAUGCGAAAGAAUGUUGACUUGGAGAGCAUUGAGAGGGAAAAGGAGAAUGAUGAUUUUAGCGAGAGAGACAGAGAGGAGUUGCUGAAUAGAAGAAGUGAGGAUUUGAAAGAUGUGAGUGGUGAAUUAGGGGAGAGUUUGAGGAUUUUGGAUAAGUUUUUGGAGUUAGGGAUUAAGAGAUUAAAGCCAGAUACCCUGGUGGAUAGCAUUGAUGCUGUUGCUAAUGAGGAGAAGAAAAGUGUUUGUUUAAUUGAAGAAAUAGAGAUAAUGUGUCUGAGGAGGGUAAUUUUGGAACAUGCUGAUGUUUUUGAAGCUUUGUGUUGGAAUAUACAGCAACAAUUGAAGGGAGAUGAUGAGGUUGAUAGUUCGGGUUUAGCUAUAACUGUGAGGACGGAUGAGAAGAUGCAUAUGGAGGAGGUAGAGGAGGUGAAGGUACUUAAUUUAAUUCAAAGAAGCGUUCAGUUAGCACAUUUAGUUGCCAUGAAAGAGUGCUUAGAGGGAGGAGAUGAAGAUGGAGCUGUUUCUCAUAUUCGCUAUCUUCACCUUGAUCGUGGAGUGGAGGAGGCUGAAUAUCGCACGGUUUUGCAAGAUCUCCUUUUGACGGUUUUGUCAAGAAGAGAAGGAUAUGGGGACUCUUGGUAUGCCGUGCAAGAAAAACUGUUAUGUAUUUAUGGAGAGACUCUUUCAACCAAUUGCAGUCAACUUGUCGAAAUAAUUCAGGUUAUCCAGGAUGACUUGCUUCGACAAGAGAUUGAGACCUUGCGAGCACUUGACAACAACCAAAUUCCGCCCCCUUUAGUACGUUUUCAAAGAUAUCUUGCAGAAAUGAGAAUGGGUGCAGAUAUAAAUGAUCCAUGUUCGUCCUUGAAUGUUGCAGUCAGUUUUUGCAUGAGAGACAUGUACCAUUAUGCUCGUGUUUCCAGAUUACAUGUCCUUGAAUGUGUCAUGGAUAUGACACUCUCUGCUGUCAAGAGGGAGCAGCUUCAAGAGGCCAGCAAUGUUCUUAUGUUAUUUCCGCGACUAAGGCCCCUGGUAGCUGUGAUGGGUUGGGAUCUACUGUCUGGUAAGACAGCCGUUAGACGGAAAUUAAUGCAAGUUCUCUGGACCUCUCAUAAGGCACAAGUACUUCGACUGGAAGAAUCUUCAUUAUAUAGUAAUCAAAUGGAUGAGAUAUCUUGCGUGGAACAUCUGUGUGACUCAUUAUGCUACCAGCUUGAUCUUGCGUCUUUUGUUGCUUGCGUCAAUUCUGGUCGAUCAUGGAAUUCAAAAUCCUCUUUAUUGUUGUCUGGCCACCAACAAAUAAUGUCUGCAAGUGAAGAUACCCAAUCAGAACCUUUUGUUGAAAACUUUGUGUUGGAAAGACUCUCUGUUCAGAGUCCUCUUAGGGUGCUUUUUGAUGUUGUUCCAGUCAUAAAGUUCCAGGAUGCUGUUGAAUUGAUUAGCAUGCAGCCAAUUGCUUCUACUGUAGAAGCCUGGAAAAGGAUGCAAGACAUUGAACUUAUGCACAUGCGCUAUGCAUUGGAAUCUAUUGUUCUAGCAUUGGGAGUAGUGGGAAGGUAUAUGACUGAUGAAAGAGAGAGUCAUCAACAAGCAGCUUUGUGCCAUUUGAAAGAUCUAAGGAACCAUUUGGAGGCUAUUACAAAUAUUCCCCGCAAGAUAUUGAUGGUGAAUGUUGUCAUUUCACUAUUGCAUAUGGAUGAUAUCUCUCUCAAUUUGACACAUAGAGCCUCUCCAGGGAGCAAUUCUGAAUCAUCCUCUACGUGCCCUUGGGAACACGACAAUGCCCCUUCAUGUGAAGGGGGAAAUGAACUAGUUAUUUCUUUCACAGAAUUGUUACUUGAUACCUUACACCGCAAUCUUCCACAAGGUGCAAUCGAAGAGCAUGCGUUAAAUGAUAGUAUGAAUACAGGUGGAAGAAAGGCUUUGGAGUGGAGAAUAUCUGUUGCCAAACAUUUCAUUGAAGAUUGGCAAUGGCGAUUGUCAAUUUUGCAGCGUCUUUUACCAUUUUCUGAGCACCAGUGGAGGUGGAAGGAGGCAUUAACAGUUUUACGUGCGGCCCCAUCCAAGCUUCUUAACCUUUGCAUGCAGAGGGCAAAGUAUGACAUUGGGGAAGAAGCGGUUCUUCGAUUUUCAUUAUCUGCAGAAGACAGAGCUACCCUUGAGUUGGCUGAAUGGGUUGAUGGUGCUUUCAAAAGAGUAUCUGAAUCCAGAUUGGUAGAAGAUGCAGUAUCUCGUGCUGCUGAUGGAACUUCAUCAGGGCAAGAUAUAGAUUUUGCCUCUUUGCGUUCACAAUUAGGUGCUUUGGCUGCAAUUCUUCUAUGUAUCGAUGUUGCUGCAACUUGUGCAAGGUCGACAAAUAUGUGCCAACAACUUUUGGAUCAGGCUCAAGUCAUGUUAUCUGAGAUAUAUCCAGGAGGUUCUCCGAAGACAGGCUCCACUUACUGGGAUCAGAUCCAUGAAGUAGGCAUCAUCUCUGUGUCACGCCGUGUCCUCAAGCGUCUACAUGAGUUGUUGGAACAAGACGAUAAUCCAGGUCUCCAAGCAAUUCUCUCUGGGGAGAUUAUCAUUUCAACGUCAAAGGAAUUGAUUCGUCAGGGACAAAAGGAGCGUGCUCUUGCUAUGCUACAUCAGAUGAUUGAAGAUGCUCACAUGGGCAAGAGGCAGUUUCUGAGCGGUAAGAUUCAUAAUCUUGCUAGAGCUAUUACUGAUGAAGAAACAGAACUAAAUCUUUCAAAAGGUGAUCACCAAUAUAUAGAACGGAAAGUUAUGGCUGAUCUUGAUAAGGUUGGAGUUCUUGGGCUUGGUUUAAAAGUUUCCAAACAGGUGCCUGUAAGUUCAGCAAGUGGAGAAACUAGCAUGCAGCCUGUUGGUUAUGAUAUAAAAGAUACUGGGAAGAGAUUAUUUGGCCCAUUAAGUGCCAAGCCUACAACAUAUUUAUCGCAGUUUAUUCUUCAUAUUGCUGCAAUUGGUGACAUAGUUGAUGGGACUGACACAACCCAUGAUUUCAACUUUUUCUCUCUUGUUUAUGAGUGGCCCAAAGACCUUCUAACUCGUCUGGUCUUCGAUCGAGGCAGUACGGAUGCAGCUGGAAAGGUAGCUGACAUUAUGUGUGCUGAUUUUGUCCAUGAAGUCAUCUCAGCAUGUGUGCCUCCUGUAUAUCCACCACGCUCAGGUCAUGGAUGGGCAUGUAUACCCGUUAUUCCUACCUGCCCUAAGAAUUGCUCAGAUAAUAAAGUACUUCCCUUCACAUCUAAAGAAGCUAAGCCUAAUUGCUAUAGUCGUUCCUCAGCAACUUCUGGAGUCCCUCUGUACCCUCUCCAGUUGGAUAUUGUAAAACAUUUAGUUAAAAUAUCUCCAGUGAGGGCUGUGUUAGCUUGUGUUUUUGGGAGUGGUAUCUUAAAUAUUGGCAGCGACUCUUCUAUGUCUAAUUCAUUAGAUGAUGCACUAUCGCCAGCACCUGAUACUGAUAGACUAUUUUACGAGUUUGCUCUUGAUCAAUCUGAGAGGUUCCCAACUUUGAACCGUUGGAUACAAAUGCAAACUAACCGCCACCGAGUUUCAGAAUUCGCUGUAACAUGUAAGCAAAAGGCUAAUGAUGGUGAGGUGAAAGCUGAUGGAAGAACUGCUGUUAAGAGAAUGCGUGAGCAUGAUAGUGACACUGAGUCUGAAGUUGAUGACGCUGUUGGUAGCAAUAAUAUUUCAACAGCUUUAUCAGACAUCAGCAGCCUCAGCAGUCAAGGUGGUGCAGCUUCUGUUCCACGGCAGGAUUCCUCACAAUCUGACACUGUUGAGCUUGAUUCAACUGUUUAUCUGUCCCUGGACUGGGAGAAUGAAGAACCCUAUGAGAAAGCUGUAGAGCGAUUGAUUGGUGAAGGAAAGCUAAUGGAUGCUCUUGCACUUUCGGAUCGUUUUUUACGUGAAGGGGCCUCAGACCAGUUACUCCAACUACUCAUUGAACGUGGAGAAGAAACCCGUUCAUCAUCUGGACAGACUCAAGAUUAUGGAGGCCAAAGCAUCUGGAGCAAUAGUUGGCAGUAUUGCCUGCGUUUGAAGAAUAAACAAUUGGCAGCUAGACUUGCCCUCAAGUAUAUGCAUAGGUGGGAACUUGAUGCUGCUUUAGAUGUACUCACCAUGUGCAGCUGCCACCUGCCAGAGAGUGAUCCAGAUAGGAAUAAGAUUGUGCAAAUGAGACAAGCUUUGCAGAGGUACAGCCAUAUAUUGAGUGCAGAUGAUCAUUAUAGCAGCUGGCAAGAGGUCGAAGUGGAGUGUAAUGCAGAUCCUGAGGGGUUAGCACUUAGAUUAGCUGGAAAAGGAGCUGUUUCUGCUGCUCUCGAAGUGGCCGAGAGUGCAGGAUUAUCAAUAGAUUUGCGGAGAGAACUACAGGGCCGACAACUUGUGAAGCUUCUUACUGCAGACCCUCUUAGUGGUGGGGGUCCUGCAGAAGCUUCACGCUUUCUCUCUUCAUUACGUGACUCUGAUGAUGCUUUACCAGUUGCAAUGGGUGCAAUGCAGCUAUUACCAAACCUACGGUCAAAGCAACUUCUUGUUCACUUCUUCUUGAAACGAAGAGACGGGAAUCUAUCAGAUGUUGAGGUUUCCCGGCUUAACUCAUGGGCUUUGGGACUUCGUGUUCUUGCUGCCUUGCCGUUGCCCUGGCAGCAAAGAUGCUCUUCCCUGCAUGAACACCCACAUUUGAUAUUAGAGGUUUUACUGAUGAGGAAACAGCUGCAAUCAGCUGCUCUGAUCCUCAAAGAAUUUCCAUCAUUGAGAGAAAACAGUGUCAUCAUAUCAUAUGCUGCUAAAGCUAUUGCAGUCAGUAUAAGUUGUCCCUCCCGAGAACCACGGAUUUCUGUAUCUGGAACAAGACCUAAACCAAAAACGAGAACAGGUGUGCCUGCAAGGUCAUCUUUUAGCAGCAGUUUAAGCAACUUGCAGAAAGAGGCUCGCAGAGCUUUUUCUUGGGCCCCACGGAAUACUGGAGAGAAGAAUGCUACUAAAGAUGUACAGCGGAAAAGAAAGAAUUCUGGAUUGUCGCAAUCUGAAAGAGUUGCUUGGGAGGCAAUGGCCGGAAUUCAAGAGGAUCGGGUUUCAUCAUAUUCGGGAGAUGGACUAGAACGGCUCCCUUCUGUUUCAAUCGCUGAGGAAUGGAUGCUAACUGGUGACGCUAGUAAGGAUCAAGCUGUUCGUGCAGCACACCGAUAUGAAAGUGCUCCUGAUAUUAUACUUUUCAAGGCUUUACUUUCACUGUGUUCUGAUGAAUUGGCAUCAGCAAAAAGUGCUUUGGAUUUAUGCAUGAAUCAGAUGAUGAAUGUAUUGAGCUCCCAACAAUUACCCGAGAAUGCAUCCAUGGAAACAAUUGGUCGGGCAUAUCAUGCUACUGAGACAUUUGUACAGGGGCUACUUUACUCUAAAUCCUUGCUGAGGAAGCUUGCUGGGGGGAGCGACUUGUCUAGUAACUGCGAAAGAAAUAGGGAUGCAGAUGAUGCAUCUUCAGAUGCUGGUAGCUCUAGUGUGGGUAGCCAAUCCAUGGAUGAGCUAUCUGAAAUCUUGUUACAGGCUGACAUUUGGCUAGGACGUGCUGAGUUGCUUCAAAGCCUCUUGGGAUCAGGAAUUGCUGCAUCUCUUGAUGAUAUUGCUGAUAAAGAGUCAUCUGCCCGCCUUCGUGACAGGUUGAUAGUUGAUGAACGGUACAGUAUGGCUGUAUAUACUUGCAAGAAGUGCAAGAUUGAUGUUUUCCCAGUGUGGAAUGCAUGGGGACAUGCAUUAAUUAAGAUGGAGCACUAUGCGCAAGCUCGUGUUAAGUUCAAACAAGCUCUUCAAUUGUACAAGGGUGACCCAGCGCCUGUCAUUCUAGAGAUUAUUAAUACAAUUGAAGGAGGUCCACCAGUGGAUGUGUCAGCUGUUCGUUCUAUGUAUGAACAUUUGGCUAGAAGUGCACCUACGAUCUUGGACGACUCUCUUUCUGCUGAUUCAUAUCUUAAUGUGUUAUACAUGCCGUCAACAUUUCCACGUUCAGAAAGAUCUAGGCGUUCUCAGGAGUCUGCAAACAAUAGUUCAGCUUUUAACUCUGACUUUGAUGAUGGACCUCGUAGCAAUCUGGAUAGCAUUCGUUAUGUGGAGUGCGUUAAUUACUUACAAGAGUAUGGUCGUCAGCAUUUGCUUGGCUUCAUGUUCAGGCAUGGUCACUAUACUGAUGCCUGCUUGCUGUUCUUUCCACCAAAUUCUAUUCCUUCACCCCCACAACCUUCAGCAAUGGGAGUUGCAACUUCAUCUUCGUCCCCUCAAAGACCAGAUCCUUUAGCAACUGAUUAUGGGACUUUUGAUGAUUUGUGCGAUUUAUGUAUUGGUUAUGGUGCCAUGUCUGUUCUGGAGGAAGUGAUCUCGACAAGAAUGACAUCUGCAAAACAGGAGGAUGUGGCAAUAAACCAACAUACUGCUUCAGCCCUUGCCCGCAUUUGCAGCUACUGUGAAACUCAUAAGCAUUUUAAUUAUCUAUACCAAUUUCAGGUAAUCAAGAAGGACCAUGUUGCUGCUGGACUCUGCUGUAUUCAACUAUUUAUGAAUUCUUCUUCACAAGAGGAAGCUGUUAAACACUUGGAAAAUGCAAAGAUACAUUUUGAUGAUGGACUAUCAGCUCGACAUAAAAGUGGAGACUCUACUAAGCUCGUGAUAAAGGGUGUCAGAGGGAAAAGUGCCUCUGAGAAGCUCACAGAAGAAGGCCUUGUCAAGUUUUCUGCUAGAGUAGCUAUUCAGCUGGAGGUUGUGAAAUCCUCAAAUGAUCCUGAUGAGCCCCAGUGGAAACAUUCACUUUUUGGAAAUCCAAAUGAUCCAGAGACCUUCAGGAGAAGGUGUGAGAUUGCAGAGAAGCUUGUAGAGAAGAACUUUGAUUUGGCUUUUCAAGUAAUUUAUGAAUUUAAUCUUCCAGCUGUUGAUAUAUAUGCUGGUGUUGCUGCAUCACUCGCCGAGAGGAAAAAGGGCAGCCAACUAACUGAGUUUUUCAGAAACAUAAAGGGAACUAUAGAUGAUGAUGAUUGGGAUCAGGUCUUGGGGGCUGCAAUUAAUGUAUAUGCAAAUAAACAUAAAGAACGCCCUGACCGUCUCAUCGACAUGUUAACCAGCAGUCACAGGAAGGUAUUGGCCUGUGUUGUCUGCGGUCGCCUAAAAAGUGCAUUCCAGAUUGCUUCUCGAAGUGGAAGUGUGGCUGAUGUUCAAUAUGUAGCUCAUCAGGCAUUACAUGCAAAUUCACUGCCAGUGCUUGAUAUGUGCAAACAGUGGUUGGCACAGUACAUGUAAUUUGUUGGUCAAGAAUUUAAAUGUCAUUCAAGUUACCCUUUGGCUGAUACACUUGAUCAAUCACAGCAUUGCCAUUGGACACAAUAAGACCAUAAACAUCUGCAGAUGUUCCUGAAAGCAUUUGGAUUUAUUCCAAUCAUUCUUAUUCUCUGUGCUGAGAUCUUCCAUGUUUGCUCCUGUGGAACUGGUUGAGUUGCAUUGCACUGUAAUAGUAGCUAUAUCCAGAGGAUGUGCAGAGAAGGCAACAUUUCAAGGCCUGCCAAUAUUUACAAUUUGAUCUGAUCUGGUCAAGAUUCCAUAUAGAAAGCAUAUAUAAGUAUGUAUUCAAUUGGAGACUUCUUUGCUAGUAGAGAUCACAGUGCAGUAACAAGUAAAAUUGCAGCUACGAUCCAUGCAGGUUGAAGUUGAAGCUGGUAUAGUGGGAUUUUUCCGGAUGUAAGAUAGUAGAGCAAAGGCUUCUCAGUUUGCUCUUGCUUAAAUCAUUUAUGAUUUAUGAUGCCUGAAAGGUGUCAAAGGGAAAUGGUGUAUAUUCUUCUGUGUCAAUUGGUGCUCGCUUUUUAAUUAUUAUUUUGUUGCUUCUUCCUUCUGGUUCUUCCCCAUCCAUCCAUCCCCUCUUUAAUGCCGCCCCCAAGGUCUCAUCCGUUUGUGGACAUGUAAGCUAUUAUUCUUUGAUAUAAUUUUUUUUUCAGUUUUUAAGAAAUAAAUGGCAUUAUGUAGUAUGGAUAUGGCAGACUUGGUAUUUGCUAUACUGCAAAAGUUACAAAAUCUGCGUGCAGAUUGAUGAGGGAACCAGUUGUGGCCCAUUGUUAUAACGCAUAUUAACUUGCUCAUCCUGUUGAGCAAAGCAAUCUUGCUAUCUGUUGUGAUUGUAAUCGAGACAUGCUGCUUGGAAUGUGUUUAUUUAUUGGAAAGGCUUGACUAGGAAAUAUAUAAUUUAUCUUAGUGAA